GAAUCCUCUUCCUGAAGAUCUAUCAGGAUGAGCUGCAAGACCCCACCCACACUCCAGGAGCUGGCAGAGGACAGCCUUCUGAAGAACCAGAACUUGGCUAUCUCUGCUCUGGAUGACAUACCCUCCCUUUUCUUCCCAUCACUGUUCAAAAAGGCCUGCAGAAAUAGAUAUGAUGAGAUCAUAAAGGCUAUGGUGCAGGCCUGGCCCUUCCCCCGUCUUCCACUGGGGGCCAUGAUCAGUAAGAAGACUGCCUACAGGAGAAUCUUAGAGAUUAUCCUGCAUGGGUUUGAUGCCUUGCUUUUCCAGAAAGUUCCCCACAGGAGGUGCAAGCUGAAAGUGCUGGAUUUACGGGUUAUGCCUUUGAAACUGUGGAACAGGUUGCCUGUGUUUGGGACUGCUGGUUGCAGUGAGAAUCCAGCAGUGGUGGGCCAUUCGGGAACAGAGGUGAAACCGCAAGUGGAGGUGCUGGUAGACCUGGUCCUGAAGGAAAACCCACUUGGUUCCACAGAGUCCUUCCUUGUUCAGUGGGUGGAUAACAAGAAUGGUUUGGUGAGGCUGUGCUGUUGCAAGCUGCAGAUCUGGGCUAUGUCCAUUUAUUACCACAGAAAACUCUUGGAGAUUUUAGAUCUGGACUCUAUCCAGGAACUGAGUGUGUACUGCAUCAGUAAUCCUGUCUGCCUGCUUAACUUUGCCCCUUACCUGGGCCGCAUGAGGAACCUACGCUGCCUCAUUCUCUCUCACCUCUGGCAGGCCUUCUCUAUGACUCCAGUGGAGAAGCAGCAGGUUAUCACCCAGUUCACUUCUCAGUUCCUCAAACUGAAAAGCCUCCAGAUCCUGCAUCUGGAUACUGUCUUCUUCCUAGAGGGUCAUCUGGAUGAGCUAUUCUGGUGGCUGAAGACACCCUUAGAGACCCUGUCAGUGAUUGAUUGUAAUCUCUCAAAAUCAGACUGGAUCCAUAUAUCUGAGUUCCCGUGUACAAGUCAGCUAAAACACCUGAAUUUGAAGUGGGUCAAACUGACCCAUUUGAGCCCAGAGCCCUUGCGAGUUCUGUUACUAAAAUCUGCAUCUACCCUGAGGUCCCUGGAUUUGGAGGGCUGUCAAAUGAUGGACUCCCAACUCAGUGCCAUCCUACCUGCCCUGAGAUGCUGUACACAGCUCACCAAGUUUAAUUUCCAUGGGAACUAUAUCUCCAUGCCUAUCCUGAGGGAACUGGCAUACAAUGUUGUCAAGCAGAAAUGCCAACAGUCAAAGAUACGCUUUAUCACAAACUGUGAUCAUCACAGUGGUCUGAACUUUGAGGUCAUUUCUCAGCCUCAUAUUGUGUUUGUAGAUGUGAGUAGGACUACUGGGCAGCAAGAACAGGUCUUGUUUUAUGCUCUCUGCUCUGGAGAAUAUGUGUCGUGAUAUCUCUCUAACGUGUUGGGACUUGUUGGAUAUCUGUCUAAUGAGAUGCAGAUUUCAGCUCUCCUGUGGACACUGGGAGGUGUCCGGUCAGACUAUGCACAACACAUGGUUUUAGACUGCUGUUUUUGUGAGUGGGAAGAGAAAAUUGACACUAGAGUGCAAAAAAGUGAGAGUGGUUGACAUAGGGAGUGUGAGACACAUUGGCAGAAGUCAUGGGAGUGGGGUCUGGUUGAGAGGGCAUUCCUCCAGCCUGGUUGUUUUCUGAUUUUAUUGUCAAAAACGGGACCAUCUUUCCUACCUGGAUGAUUAAAAGUCCUAUGACUGCUAGGAACAAACUCGAACUCCUGGUUCUACUUUGAGUACUGAGUAUAGGCUUAUAGCACCUGACCUAGUUCCCUGUAGCUCCUCUAACUAACAUUGUGGCUGUGCCUCUCGUCUUUCUAGUUAAACACUAACAUUUUAUACAGUAGUAGUUUUUGCGGGGCUAGAGAGAUGGUGUAGCAGUUGAGAGCACUUGAUGCUUUUGUAGAGUACCUGGGUUUGAUUUCCCACAGCCACAUGCUGGUUCACAGCCAUCCAGAACUACUUACAGGGGCCACGAGGCACGCAUGUGGUGCAUAGACAUACAUGUAGGCGAAACACUCAGACACGUAAAUCUAAAAUCAUUUAAAAAUUGGUGUUUUGUACUGCUGAGACUGAAUGUCUUGUUGUGUCAGCCAGCACCUAGCAUUACUGUGACAAACACUGUUAAUGUAUUUAUAGUCAUAAAAUGCCACCUAUGAGCUUAGCAAAUUCAACAAGGAAUAUACAGACAAGUAGACAAAAACUCUAGCAGAAAAAAAAAAAAAACCCAAGCUUUUAUGACAAUAUUAAACACCCCAGACCACUGAAGGAUGCAAUCUCCAUCCUGAAUCAUCUGAAGAGGGACAUCAGAUACUGGGCCAUAAUAAUGUGUGUUAUCUGACUGGGUUGAUAUGAGCUCCUGACUCUGUUCCUAGGCUAUAGCACAACAUGCCCCACUGCUGAACUUCUUUAAUUUUUUUUUUUUUUUUUUUUGUGGUUAAUGUGCUGUGUCUACAAAUGAGGCUGUGGUUAAAUGUCAGGUGUCUGUGUGUCUUGCCCUCAUUCCCUUGACAAGGCUUUCAUGGAACCAGAAGCUUGAUGGUUCACCUAGACCUAGGACUGUUAGCCAGAGGGCUCCCAUAGGUCUGCCGGUCCCUAUGCUGGAGUUACAGGCUCAUGCAUCUAUGACUGA